UACACCUGUGCAAGACUGAAGGGGAGGAGCCGGUACACCUGUGCAAGACUGAAGGGGAGGAGCCGGCACAUGUGUGCAAGUCUAAAGGGGAGGAACCGGCACACCUGUGCAAGACUGAAGGGGAGGAGCCGGUACACCUGUCAAAGACUGAAGGGGAGGAGCCGGUACACCUGUGCAAGACUGAAGGGGAGGAGCCGGUACACCUGUCAAAGACAGAGGGGAGGAGCCGGUACACCUGUGCAAGACUGAAGGGGAGGCCGGAUCAGAUGUUCUAGGAGACGGUCGGAGAAGA